CUUCCUCCCCAGCGCCCUGGGAUGCCUCCUGGCAGCAGGAUGCCCAUGGCAGGGCUGCAGGUGGGACCACAGGGAGCUCCCCCCUAUGGAGCAGCCUCCCCAAUGAGGCCUGGGCUGCCACAGUCCAUGAUGGAUCCCUUCAGGAAGCGCCUGCUGACCCCCCAGGCACAGCCACCCCUGGCCACCCAGAGGAGAGGGGUGAAGAGGAGGAAGAUGGCAGACAAGGUCCUGCCCCAGAGGAUCCGGGAACUGGUCCCAGAAUCCCAGGCCUACAUGGACCUUCUGGCCUUCGAGCGCAAGUUGGACCAAACCAUCGCUCGGAAGAGGAUGGAGAUUCAGGAGGCCAUCAAGAAACCCCUGACGCAAAAGAGGAAGCUGAGGAUUUACAUCUCCAACACUUUCACCCCAGCCAAAGAAGAAGGAGAAGGUGGGGAACGUGUGGCCUCCUGGGAGCUGCGUGUGGAGGGCAAACUGCUGGAGGAUCCAAGCAAGCAGAAGAGGAAGUUCUCUUCCUUUUUCAAGAGCCUGGUCAUUGAGCUGGACAAAGAGCUGUACGGGCCAGACAACCACCUGGUGGAGUGGCACCGACUCCCCACGACCCAGGAGACUGAUGGUUUCCAAGUGAAACGUCCUGGUGAUGUCAAUGUCAAGUGCACCCUCCUGCUGAUGCUGGAUCACCAGCCCCCCCAGUACAAACUGGACCCUCGCCUGGCUCGCCUGCUGGGGGUGCACACCCAGACCCGGGCCAGCAUCAUGCAGGCCCUCUGGCUCUACAUCAAGCACAACAAGCUGCAGGACAGCCACGAGAAGGAGUACAUCAACUGCAACCGCUACUUCCGCCAGAUCUUCAACUGCAUCCGCAUGCGCUUCUCAGAGAUCCCCAUGAAGCUGGCAGGGCUCCUGCAGCACCCAGACCCCAUCAUCAUCAACCACACCAUCAGUGUGGACCCCAACGACCAGAAGAAGACAGCCUGCUAUGACAUUGACGUGGAGGUGGAUGAUCCCCUGAAGGCUCAGAUGAGCAACUUCUUGGCUUCCACCACCAACCAGCAGGAAACUGCUUCCCUGGAUGCCAAGAUCCAUGAGACCAUCGAGUCCAUCAACCAGCUGAAGACUCAGCGCGACUUCAUGUUGAGCUUCAGCAACAACCCCCAGGAUUUCAUCCAGGAAUGGAUCAAAUCCCAGAGGAGGGACCUGAAGAUCAUCACGGAUGUGAUCGGGAACCCCGAGGAGGAGCGAAGGGCCGAGUUUUACCAGCAGCCCUGGGCACAGGAGGCUGUGGGGAGACACAUCUUUGCCAAGGUGGGGGGCUGGGGGGGACACCCCCAGGUGUGGGGCAGCCCCUUUUCCCCUUCCUGA